AGCUCUCUUCCCCUGUUCAUUUAACGUGCACACCUAGUAAUGCUCCAUCUGACUUCUACCCAUAACCCGGGAGCACACACCCCUAGUUACUGCUCUCUUUUGAGUCUCAUAUUUCUGUUUGCUUGAGAGAUGUGGGGUCCUGCCCCCUUAGCUCAGUCCAUUAAGGCUUCUUCCGUGCUAAAGGAGGCACACAGGACUUCCUCACCAGGAAACAAAAUCUUGAAGUAGAACAGGUUUCUGGCCCCAUCCCUGCCUCAGAGGGUGGGUCCCUUCCACUCUGACAACCUUGAUCUCCUUAUCCCGUUCUGCUUCUCCCUCCAACCCAGCCCAGUGCCCUGCCUAGUGUAAUCAUGUCAUUCUCCUUUCUAACCUUCCUCUUGACCCCUGAUCUAUUCCUUCCCAGGCGCAGUAUUGUUUUGUUACUUGCUCACAGUUGGCAGAAGAAAAAGCCAACUUCUCAACCCCUCCCCAACCCACUGAAGCUAUAAAGGCCUCUGCAGCUCUUCCAUGACAAAGACAGGACAGCAUCACAUGGAGGAAGCCUAAGGAACCCAGGCGUCCAGCCUCCUACCUCCCCGGGCUCAAAGUUCUUCCCAAGAACACAUACUGAGGAAACCUAAGCUCCCAGAAUCUCCAGCUUUUAUCUCUUUGCCUUGAACUCUCCUUUCUCAAGAAUCCUGUUCUUUGCCUUCUAGGUCUUGGCCACCUCUGGGAUCCAGGCAUCUUGCUUGCCAGCCACAAAGACACAGAUCGAGAUGCAGAAAGGAAACAUUCCCUUUAAGUAUCGGUUACUAGUGUAUCUCCUACUUUUAGAAGCUGACAUAACCUUCAGUGAUAGUAGCACAUCUGUCAGCACUACAUUCAUUACAACCUCCAAAGGGAUAAGCACAACCUCCAACACUGGAUCCAGUGUGACCUCCAAUGGACCCAGCACAUCUAUCAACACUGGAUCUAGUGCAACCUCCAGUGGAGCCAGUACUGCCUCCAACCCUGGAUCCAGUGUGACCUCCAGUGGACUCAGCACAUCUAUCAACACUGGAUCCAGUGCAACCUCCAGUGGGGCAAGUACUGCCUCCAACCCUGGAUCCAGUGUGACCUCCAGUGGACUCAGCACAUCUAUCAACACUGGAUCCAGUGCAACCUCCAGUGGGGCAAGUACUGCCUCCAACCCUGGAUCCAGUGUGACCUCCAGUGGACUCAGCACAUCUAUCAACACUGGAUCCAGUGCAACCUCCAGUGGGGCAAGUACUGCCUCCAACCCUGGAUCCAGUGUGACCUCCAGUGGACUCAGCACAUCUAUCAACACUGGAUCCAGUGCAACCUCCAGUGGGGCCAGUACUGCCUCCAACCCUGGAUCCAGUGUGACCGCCAGUGGACUCAGCACAUCUAUCAACACUGGAUCCAGUGCAACCUCCAGUGGGGCCAGUACUGCCUCCAACCCUGGAUCCAGUGUGACCUCCAGUGGGCUCAGCACAUCUAUCAACACUGGAUCCAGUGCAACCUCCAGUGGGGCAAGUACUGCCUCCAACCCUGGAUCCAGUGUGACCUCCAGUGGAUCCAGCACAGCCUCCAAUAUUGGAUCCAGCACAACCUCCAGAGGGACCAGCACAGUCUCCAAUACUGGAUCCAGCAUGACCUCUGGAGGAACCAGCAUACCUGUCAACACUGGAUCCAGCACAACCUUCACUGGGGCCAGUACAACCUCCAACACUGGAUCCAGUGUGACCUCCAGUGGACCCAGCACAUCUAUCAACACUGGAUCCAGUGCAACCUCCAGUGGGGCCAGUACUGCCUCCAACCCUGGAUCCAGUGUGACCGCCAGUGGAUCCAGUACAGCCUCCAAUAUUGGAUCCAGCACAACCUCCAGAGGGGCCAGCACAUCUCUCAACACUGGAUCCAGUGUGACCUCCAGUGUGACCAGCAGAACCACCAACACUGGAUCUAGUGCAACCACAGGAGGCUCUGGCAUACCUUCAACUGGAACACACACAACUUCCAAUAGAAUUAGCACAAGUGCUGCUACUCCUGUGAGUGAAGUGAAGCCCAGUGGGUCUCUGAAGCCAUGGGAAAUCUUCCUCAUCACUCUGGUCUCAGUUGUGGUGGCCGUGGGACUCUUUGCUGGGAUCUUCUUCUGUGUGGUUACCUCUGUCAAACCAGCCCUGAAGUGCAGAAAACGUAAAGCAGAGAUGCCCCUCCCUGGGAAGGGAGGGCCUGAAGCUCUGACCUCCCCUAGCCAGGAUCAGGGGGUAUGCCCCUUGACUCUCCGUCUCUGCAGCCCACCUUUCCUCCGGAACCUAGGCAUUCAGAUGACAACUUCCCAUGUGAAUCAUUUCAAGAUGAGGAGAGGAAAAAUCUCUCCUGCUUUCUGGUUCCUGUUGCUGCUCCUCUUUGGAUUCCUGGGAUGGGGGACCACGACAGGUUUUGUCACCUCAAUGAACUCCACCACAGGUUCUCAGACCACCACCUCUGUGCCAACUACAGCCUCCACCAUGGAUACUGAGAGCACGAGAGGGUCUGAUACUACCAGAUCCAUCUCCACAGCCUCUCAGGUCAUCACACCCUCUACCACAGCAUCUGUGCCCACCACUGCAUCCACCAUUGACCCUAAGACAACCAGAGGCAUUGAAACUACCACAACCUUCAACACAGCCUCUGUGGUCACUACCCCCUCUACCGCAGUAUCUGUGCCCACCACAGCAUCCACCAUGGACUCUGAGACUGCCAGAAGCUCUGAAACUACCACAACCAUCACCACAGCUUCUGGGGUCACCACACGCUCUACCACAUCUGUGCCCACUACAGCCUCCACCGUGGAUACUGAGAGCACGAGAGGCUCUGAAACUACCAGAUCCAUCAACACAGCCUCUCAGGUCAUCACACCUUCUACCACACCAUCUGUGCCCACCAGUGCAUCCGCCAUGGGCUCUGAGACCACCAGAAGCUCUGAAACUACCACAACUAUCACCAAAGCCUCUGUGGUCACCAGACCCAUUACCACAGCAUCUGUGACCACCACUGCGUCAAGUAUGGACUCUGAGACCACCAGAGGCAUGGAAAGCACCACAACUAACACCACAGCCUCUGGGGUCACCACACCCUCUACCACAGCAUCUGUGCCCACCACUGCAUCCGCCAUUGACCCUAAGACAACCAGAGGCAUUGAAACUACCACAACCUUCAACACAGCCUCUGUGGUCACUACCCCCUCUACCACAGUAUCUGUGCCCACCAUAGCAUCCACCAUGGACUCUGAGACUGCCAGAAGCUCUGAAACUACCACAACCAUCACCACAGCCUCUGGGGUCACCACACGCUCUACCACAUCUGUGCCCACUACAGUCUCCACCGUGGAUACUGAGAGCACGAGAGGCUCUGAAACUACUAGAUCCAUCCCCACAGCCUCUUUAGUCAGCAUACCCUCUACCACAGCAGCUGUGCCCACCACAGCAUCCACCAUGGACUCUGAAACUGCCACCAGAGGCUCUGAAACUACCACAUCCAUCACCACAGCCUCUGAGGUAACCAAAUGCUGUACCAUAGCAGCUGUACCCACCACAGCAUCCACCAUGGAUUCUGAGAUCACCAGAAGCUCUGAAACUACCACAACCUUCAACACAGCCUCUGUGGUCACUACACUCUCUACCACAGCAGCUGUGCCCACCACAGCCUCCCCUGCAGUUUCUGAGACCACUGUGCACUUCAUGACAACUGCUGUACCAACAAAACUCUCUGGCACAGCCUCUGAAACCACUCUUCUCUCUGAAAUAACCACCCUCUCUGCCACAGUUUCUGGGACUAUCAGGUCAUCCACAGCAGGCUCUCGGCCCACCAUGGCCUCCACCUCAGCCUCUGAGACCACUAUCAUCUCCACUAAAGCCUCUGUGACAACUGCGGAGUCUUUGACUUCCACAGGCACCCCAAAACCUGCUGAGACCACUACAGAAUCUGUGUCUAACACAGCCUUUACCACAAUGUCUGAGACCACCACAGGCUCCGUAACAAUGUCUGUGCCGACCACAAACUCUGAGACAACCGUAGCCUCCGAAACUACUGUGGCCUUCUCCAAAGCCUCUGAAAACACGACAGUCUACACUAUGGUCUCUAAGACUACUGUAGGUUUUGACACCUUCAUGGCUUCCACCACAGCCUCUGAGACCCCCACAGCCUCAACAACAGUGUCUGUGCCACAAACAGCCUCGACCACAACCUCUGAGAGCACUGCAGUGUCUUUGUCCACCACACACUCUGAGAUCACCACAGCCUCCACCUUAAGAUCUGAGACCAGCAUGGCCUACAAUACAGUCUCUGAGGUCACUUCAGAGUCUGUUAGCAAUGUGGCCUCCACCACAGUCUCUGAGUCCACCAUGCCAUAUACAAUAGCACCUGUGAGCACCACAGCCUCCAGCACAGGCUCAGAGACCAUAAAGUCCACCAAGGCUUCCUCAUCAGCCUCUCAGCUCACCACAGGUGCCAGGACCACUGGAACCAGACCAGCUACCCUCAUCUCUGUCACCACGGCCCCUGGAAUGGACUCCACAGCCCCUGCUAUCAGCUAUACCAUCCCUGGAACAGGGCUGAAUAAUUCUGGCCCGGGCACAUCCAAUGUUGGAGCAUCAUCUACCACCUCAGUCCGAGGUACCAAGACCACCAGGACAAGAUCCACCCAUGAGCCGACCACCACUGCUGGAACCAGCACCACCUCCCAGGAAACAGGCCCAGUCACCGCGGGCACAGACACAGUUAGUGUGAGCCACACGCCAACAAACACGACUAAACCAAGUGGAUAUUUGCAGCCCUGGACCAUCAUCCUCAUCUCCCUGGCUGCAGUUGUGGUCGGUGUUGGGCUGCUGGUAGGACUGAGUUUUUGCCUGAGGAGCUUUUCCUUCCCCCUGACAAAUAUUGGCGCUUAUUUCCCUCAUGACUACAGCUUUGGCCUUGGUAUGGACCUGGGCUCAGGACUGGACUCUGGAAUGUUCCACAGUCUGUGAAAUGAACUGGUCCAUGGAGAAACACAUGGCUUUGGACACAGAAUGGGUCAUGGGGUGGGCUAUGAAUUGAGCCACAGCCGUGGGGAUGGUUAUGGCAUGAAUCAUGGCAGGAGUCAUGAACACGGAGGAGGCCAUCACAAUAGCCAUGAAAUGGAUCACAGAGGAGGCCGCUGAGGAAGCCACCAAGGAGGCCAUGACAGGACAAGAUGGCUGUUGCCAUAGAUUGGAUAUUGGAAAGUAUUUUGGGGAAAGAAAGAGUGGGUUGGAGGGGGAGAUCAUGGAAGAGAAGAAAAGAAUGAGCAUGGAAUGAUUAAAAUAUAGUAUAAAAAUGUUCCCAGGGAGUAAGGCCAGGGUCAAGAAAAGAACCAGCAAAAGGAUCACAAGGACCUUGAUCAACAUUGAGAAAGAUCAAACAGAGACUGGAUUUGGAGAAGAUGCACAGCUUUACCAGGCUUGGAGAUGAAUUUAAGUCAAAGUUUCCAUGCAUUCUACCGGAGCCUGAUGUCAUUGUAGGGAGUCAUGGUGAUUGCCCUCAGGGUGUCUUCUCUUCCUUCUCCCACCACCCAAGUCAUGGUCAGGGUUUCUCAUCCCUAUGUUUUCUCAGGAUGCUAUAAAUGUUAACGCCACGUCUCUAAGAAACGAAAGCACAUAAUAAAUGUGUUAUCAGGACCACA